AUGGUUGGAUAUAGACAAAAAUGGGUACAAGAUUUACCACCAGCUGGAGGUUUCCCAAAAUUAAAAUAUGCUAGAACUUCAACUUCACCAAUUCCAGGUGCCUACAUUUUCGCAGGUGUCUUUUCAAUUAUGGCUGUUGGUACUUACAUUUUCUUUUCAGAUAAAGUUGAAAGAAACGCAAGAGAAGAAGAAGAAAAGAGAAGAUUAUCAAUGAUUUUACCAAUUUUACAAGCAGAGAAUGAUAUUAAUUUCCUUGCAUCACCACAUCAAAAUGUAUACUUUACAAGAUGGAUGCCACCACAAACUGGAAAGAGAGCUGCCGCACUUCUCAGAGACCUUUAA